AUGCCGCCCUGUGAGCGCUGUGGCGCUGGUACCCGGAAAGGCCGAGGCAAAGGUUGGUGCAGCAACGAGGACUGCAGGAAGGAAGAAGCUGAAGAGAAACAGCAAGCCAAGCGCCAAAAGCAGGAAGACCGCGAAGAAAAAGGCGCAGGGGAGCGAGGACCUUGCCCUGAAGAUCCUGCAGCAAAGGCACGCAAGCAAGCCCAAAAACAGGAACGCGAAGAGAAGGGAGGAGCUGAGCGAGGACCCUGCCCAGGAGCAGGCGGCCGACCAGCGGAUGUUGCUGCACGAGCUCACAAGCAGGCGCGCAAGCAAGCCCAAAAACAGGAACGCGAAGAGAAGGGAGGAGCUGAGCGAGGACCCUGCCCAGGGGAAGGCGGCCGGCCAGCGGAUGUUGCUGCACGAGCUCACAAGCAGGCACGCAAAGAAGAUCGUGAAGAAAAGAGAGCUGGUAGGCGCGGGCCGUGUCCGGGUGAAGGAGGACGGCCAGAUGAAAGCAAUUUACACUGCGGGCCGUCGCUCGACAAGGGCGGUGCUUUUGAGAUGGUCAAGGAGGACUACCUGAAAUUCCUCAGCAAAUGGGGCCGCUUUGGCUUGUCCAAGGCUUGCGAAGAGUGCGGCACCUUGACCCCGGGCAGGCACUGCUGCGCAUCCAGAACCACGGGGAAGCUGACCUGCAAGAACUGCCGCGAGAAGAGGACCAGCUACACCUUGCCACCACUGCCGCCGAUCCCAGCACCUCUGGCGGCCCUCAACCCCUUAGAAAAGCGCCUCCUGGCAAUGGCCAAGGUGGACCAGGUGCUGAUUGACAAGUUGCCGGCCGGUGGCCCAAGCGCCCAAUGGGGCAGGAUGUAUGUGGUGCCCAUGGACGAGCCCUGCCUCUGCAAUGUCCUAGACGGCGCAGAACUGAGAGGAGAUGGCGAGGUCUACGUCAACGGGGUGCAAGGCAUGCUGGCGUCAACGGCCCGGGUGGAGCACCUUCAGGCCGGUUUGCGCGCCCUGCAGGCGCACCACGUGGCCUACAAAGACAGCCUGGCUGUUGCCAAAGCUUUGGCCGAUAUGGCCGCCAUCCUGGAUCAGGCGCCGGCCGCGAUGCAGCAUGAGGGCUUUGAGGACGAAGAGGGGGGCGCUGAGGAGGAAGAGCUGGAGGUCACCUAUCUGAUGCCGCGCGACCCUGCGAUCCCCAAGGCUGACCGGGCCGACUUGCAGGAGCUCCGCCGCAAAGCCAAGUCUACCUUUGUCGACGUCGACCCCAUGCUCUUUCCGCACCUGUUUCCCGAAGGUCUGGGCGGCUACCAACCAGACAUCCACGUGAAGUUCUCGGUGUAUGCCCGCAAGCGGCUGCUUGGCCAAGACGGCCGCUUCGAAAAUGACCCGGCCUACAUCAUGUGGCUGCUGGAGGAGCACAUGAAAAAGCGCCUCUCCGGCAACGUGAACGUCCGCAUGAAGAACCAGCUGGCGCCGCAGCUCGGCACCCGCUUCGACGACUUUGCCCACAAGAUUUACACCGCCUUGCGGGAUUUGCCAGGCACCCAGCCAUACCUCUUCGCCAAGCGGGGCAUCGCCGUGGGCAUGUACGAGCAGCUGGGCAAGCCCCAAUUCUUCCUCACCUUGACGUGCCACGCCAGGCAGCCGGGCAUCUUGGCAGCCGCCGUCACCGCCAAGCUCAUCCGCCAGCAGGGCCGAGCGCAUCAAGAAGACGUCGCCCGCCUCCUCUACAACUACCAGACGUAUGAGGACUACAGGUGGAACGGCAUGACGGCCACCCAGCUUUGCAACUCCAUGCCCGCGAUCGUCGCCCGGCAAUUCAUGCACGGCCUGCGGCAGCUUCUUCAUUGGGUCGGCGCUGCAGAUUUCACAGCCGGUGGUGCCGAUGAGCAAGACUGCCCCGGAGAGGACGAAGGCUGGGAUGCAGCGCCGGCCGUGGGCCAAGGCGGGGGAUGCCAUUGCAUGAAAUCCGACAAGCCGCCUUUCAAAGUCUUGGACUACAUCGUCCGGAUUGAAUGGCAAAAGCGCGGCUAUCCACAUGCGCACAUACUCCUGUGGACGGACGUGCCCGACGUCACCGGCAAGCGCCGGCCGGAGAAGGACGCCGCCGACGAGGAAGAGGAACAGGAGGCAGAGGUCGACUGGUCCGAUGAGGAAGCGCGCGCCCGUUUCGUUCCAACCUGCGCCGAAGAGUUGAGCGACAAGUACAUCAGCACCAAAUCUGCCCAUCGCUGGAUGCAUGAUGCCCGCUGCGACCCGGAGCACCGCGCGGCCAUGGCCAAGCUUGCCGCCUUGACGGAGCAUUCCUGCGGCCCCUACUGCGGCAAAUACACCCUGGGCACGUGCCGCUUUGGCUUUCCGAGGGCCCCGGAAAAACAGACCCGCUGGCGCACCCCGCAGGAGCAAUUUUCCAGCCGCUGGAAAUCCAGUAUGGCGGCCCGGCGGCACGAAGAUGAUGGCUUUGUGGGGCAAUACAACGAGGCCAUUCUCCGCUUCUGGCGUGCCAGCAUGGACCUGCAGGUAGUUUGCGAGCUCAACUGCGCCAGCAAAUACAUCUUGGGCUACUGCUUCAAAUCAGAGGAGGACUUGAUGGCAAAGAAGCGCGUGGACAAUAUUCUGCAGAGCUACUUGCAGGACGCGGGCCGGGUGGACCUCACCACCAACGAAGUGUACAAGGCCGCGCACGCGGCAACGCAGGGCCGCACCACCUCCACCUUCGAAGCCGUGCACUACAUCUUGGGCUAUUCGCCGGUGUUCUUCUCCAGGGACAACGUGUGGCUUCAGGUAGGACCGCCCGGUACAUGGACCUUGUCGGUGCCCCAGGCAGAGGAAGAGGAAGCCUUGCAAGACCCGGCUGCAUACAAGGACAGACGACAAGAGGCAGGGGGAUGCAUGCCAGCAGCGCACCGGUGGUACCAACAGCUGCAGCAGCAUUUUGCGGAUGCCGAAGUCAUGGUGCCGGUUGAAGGAAAGGCGCCGGUGGCAAGGCUCUGGUGCGAGGUCACCUUCUUCGAUUUUGCGGCUGGUUUUCGCUUCGGGGGCAAGGUCUUCAAUCCAGACAUGGUCGCGCCAAGAAAGCGGCCGGCCAUCGUCGGCCACCGCCACUACAGCCCGGACCUGCAACCAGAGGAGUUCUACUACUCCAAGCUCCUCUUGUACCUCAGAUGGGUCGAGCCAGGAGAUUGGCUGACGGAGGCAGACGGCGGCAGCCAUGCAGCAGCGUUUCACCGGAUCGCCACGGACCGGGAUCAGCACCCCACCUUUCUGCACUCCUUGUGCUUCCCCAAGCUGGACGGAACAGUGCAAGCGGCGAGGGAGCUGCAAGCAGUACAGGCCGUGAUGUUCCUCAAGGCAAAGCUGGACAACGCUGACUGGACCCACACGCGGGCAGAAGAAGAGAACUAUGAGGACGCCAUGAAGAUCAUCCAAGCCCUCAAGGAGCGGCACGGCGAAGACAUCGACUUCAUGGCGCCCAGCACGGUACCCACCGGCCCGGCCACUGACAUCUUUGCACCUGUGGAAGGCGGCGAGGCGAGGGAGGGCCGGCAGACCGGGGGAAAGGGCUUGGGCAAUGGCGAAGCGUUCAACAUGCUGACCGUCGAGAACCCAAGCCCAGAAGUCCUGAAGCAGCGGCACUGCAUGGAAUACAUCUUGCGCUCUGCUGGAAGGGCCCAGCCCCAAGGACAAAAGCAACCUGCAACGGCUCCGCCUCCUGGUGCAUGGGCCAGGUGGCUGCGGGAAAUCUGUGGUGACCCGAGCAGCCGCGCACAUGCUGCGCAGAGCGAGCGGGGUGUUGUGCUGGCAGCGCCUACCGGUGUGGCAGCCUUCAACAUCAACGGCACCACCUUGCAUACAAGCCUCCAGCUCCCAGUCCAGAACCAAAGCUACGGGAAAGUCUGUGAUUUGCCGCUGCCCAGGGGCGAACAGCUAGCUAAUUUGCAAAGCAUCUGGAAACAUGCGGACGUCCUCAUGGUGGAUGAGAUGAGCUUUGUGUCUGCGGAAAUCUUGGAACGCAUGGAUCAGAACCUGCGGCUUGCAAGAGACAUGCCCCAUCACCCGUUUGGAGGCGUGCACGUCAUCUUCAUCGGGGACCUCUACCAGCUACCGCCGCCCGGAGGCCGGCCCAUCUUUGCGAGCAAGUUAUGGAACCUGUUCGAGCUUUGCGAGCUGGAAGGCAAUCAGCGGGCAGCCCGGGAUCCAGCGUGGGCAGCGCUAUUGGCGCGAGUGCGCCUGGGCCAAUGGACCGACGAAGAUAUCCGAACCUUAGAAGGCCUCGUCCUGCCAAAGCACGGCAAGCGCCAGCCCGCGCCCGGUGCAGUCCACCUUUUCGCCACCCGCGCAGCUGUAGUGAAGCGCAACCGGCGCUAUAUCCACGACUAUGUGGAGAGCACCAAUGCCGACCUCUUCGAUUGCCCUGCCGUGGACAUCUCCGUUGGCUCCGGCGCGCCACUGCCCCCAGAGAAAGCAUGGCCUGAAGCAGAGAACACGGGCGGCCUGGAAUUCCUGCUGCAGCUAGCCGAAGGUGCUAAGGUCAUGCUGCGCAAGAACCUGGACGUCCGGGAUGGCUUGGCGAACGGCGCCUGCGGGGUGGUGCAGCACAUCGAUGCCCACAGCAAUCGGGAGGUCCAGAAAGUGUGGGUGAAGUUCGAGAAAGGCGCAGGCAGCAAUUGGGAGGCGGCGAACGAAACCAACAGCGUAGCCAUUCACCGCUGCACUGCCCCGUUUCAGGACAAGAACGGGAACAAGGCAGACAGGCGCCAAUUCCCACUGGUGCUGGCCAAGGCAGUGACAAUCCACAAGAGCCAGGCAGCCACCUACCACGCGGGCGCGCAUGUACGGCUGGACAAGUACGCCAAGCAAGAAGGGCAAGCCUAUGUGGCGUUGAGCCGCUCCCCUACACAGAGCCUGUGUACCUUGGAGCACUUUGACAAAAGCUGCCUCCGUUUCAAUGUCAAUGCGCAGCGGGCCCUUGUGAUACUGAAGGAGCAGCAAGCAAGAGGCGGUGCAUUCAGGAAAGCGGCGCUGCAGGACUUGUGGGAAAAAGUUGUGCGCCCGGCCGAAAGCCAUGCGUACUACAAGGCCUUGCUCCAGACAUUGCCUCGACCAGAUUGGCGGCUCUACGACGAGGAGCAGCAGCGUGCUCAAGGAGGGCCGGCAGAGAAGGAGGCCCAUGCAGCGGAAGGCAAGCUGACGUGCCCGCGCUGCGGCUGGGUCGCUGACAAUGCAGUGCAAUAUAAGAAGCACAGGCCAUCCUGCCCGGCAAGAAGCGCCGCCAAAGCCAAAGCCAAAGCAAAGCGCGCCCCAAAGCCGAAAGCCAAGCCCAACGCCAGCCAAGGCAAGCGCUCCACCUCUAGGCCUUCGAGCGCUGCCGCGCCGCCGCCGCCAGCCAAGGCACCCAGAAGCGAGGAUGAAGCCCCAGCACCGGACAGUCCGCCGCCCUUGCCACCCCCAGCAGAUCCCCCACCGCCGGGCUUGGAACCGCCCGCGCCGUGCUUCUUUUUUCAGCGGCAGCAAGCGGCGCGCUGCGGCAUGCACGCGUUCAACAACGCCUUGGGCCGCACGGCCUUCAGAGCACAGGACAUGGAAACGGCUGCGCAGAGCUAUUUACAAGCACUGCAAGGCAUUGACCAUGCUAGAGACGAGCACGUCCGCCCAGGGGGCUGGUACUCCGUGCAAGUCCUCUACGCAGCUUUGUUCAACUGCGGCUACAGGCUGAACAUCGAUGCGCCAAUCCGGUCGCUGCAGCAAGCGCACCUAGUGCCAGCUUUGGUGCAGAACUGGCACAAUCAGCAUUGGGUCGCCUAUCGCUGGGGCCACGACGGCGCCAUCUACAGGCUGGAUUCUAUGGACAUUGGUCCUCAUAGGAUGAGCGACGAAGAGUUCGAGGCUUCUUUGGCAGCCCACUUGACCUACGCCAUCACGCACCCGUCCGACGCCUGA